AUGGAGACAGGGGUGAUCAACAGAGAGGGAUUUGGUGGUUCUAUACCUGUCGAAAAGGUCCAAGCUCUUGCAUCCAAGAACUUGAAAGACAUCCCAUCCAGGUAUAUCAGGCCAGAGGUCGAGUUCGAUGUAGUUUCCAUCGAUGAAUCCUAUCAGAUUCCCGUGAUUGAUAUGAGCAAAUUAGGCCAUGAUGAUGAACAGCAGAAACUCCAUUUGGCGUGCAAGGACUGGGGCUUCUUCCAGUUAAUCAAUCAUGGGGUAGGGGAUGAAGUAAUUGAUAAAAUGAAGAUAGACAUACAAGAGUUCUUCGAAUUACCAUUGAAUGAGAAGUUGGCUUGUGCCCAGCUACCGAAUAACAUUGAAGGCUACGGCCAAGCCUUUGUAGUGUCUGAAGACCAGAAGCUUGAUUGGGGUGACAUGCUUUUCCUUCUUCCCCGGCCUGUGCCCUUGAGAAACAUGAGAUUUUGGCCAACUAUCCCUCCUUCAUUCAGGGAAACAUUGGAUAAGUACUCAAUGGCAUUACAAAAGGUUGCAAUUCGUCUCAUGAGGCUGAUUGCAAAGAACCUGGGGACAGACCUAGAGACGUUUGCAAGCUUCUUUGAAGAUGGAACACAGGGAAUAAGGAUGAACUACUAUCCACCUUGUGCACAAGCAAGCAAGGUUAUUGGUCUAGCACCACACUCUGAUUCCACUGCCUUGACGCUGUUGAUUCAGGUGAAUGAAGUUGAAGGACUACAAAUCAAGAAAAAUGGCAAAUGGAUACCUGUUAAACCCAUAUCUGGUGCAUUCAUCAUCAAUAUAGGAGACGUGAUGGAGAUAAUGAGCAAUGGAGAAUAUAAAAGCAUUGAGCAUAGAGCAGUGGUUAACCCAAACAAAGAACGACUGUCAAUUGCAGCAUUUCACAGUCCAAAUAUAAGUACCAUGAUUGGUCCACUGCCAGAUGUUGUUAAGGCAAAGGAAGCAGGGUACAGGACUAUGCCACAUGAGGAGUUCGUGAGACUGACAAUAAGCAGCAAACUUGAUGGAAAAGGUCUGUUGGAUCAAAUGAAGCUCUAAUUGGUAAUCUUGGUUAUGAAUCUCUAUAACAACAAACAGCGUUCCGAUCAAUGGAAAGAUACUCGUAUGCUAUGUCUGCAAGUUGGGUUUAUCCAAAGUGCAAAAACAUCAUCGGUCACCUUUAAUAACAAAAGGUUGAAAAGAGGAUUAUGAAUUAUGAUGCCAAAACAGGGCUAUCUCUGUAGGUUCAGCAUACGAAUUUGUUAAAUUACUACACACCUAUUAAUCAAGGUAGAGAUUUGCUGAAAUCGUAACCAAUUGCAACAAUCUCAACUACCCCCCACUUGCCUGCUGCUUUUGCUUACAGAAUAAUAAGUUUUGGACUCGAUUUCGUCC